UUGAAGCGGUAGAUACAAUCUGUUGAUUAUUCUCCUCGUGCCAGUUACAUGUUCCUGUGAUAAGUUCAAGAACUUGUGACUUAAUGUUAGGUAGUUAUAAAUGCAUAAUGUGGUUUGUUUUCCUCCUGCGACUUACGCUCUGCUCCUGUGGCAAAGCAGAUACUGAAGAGAAGCUGGUGAAAACCAUUGGGAGAGAAGCAGAUUUCACUCCAGCUUGCAGUAACAUCACACAGGAUUUGAUCUUAUAUAUCACGUGUAGGAUCAGGCCAGUAAGGAGCGGGAGAGAAGACUGCAUUUUAUCAUUCCUAAAAAAGAAAGGCUUUAACACGACCCAGGGAUGUGAUCCCAGGUUCUCACUCAUAUUAAUAAAUCGGACAGUGUUUCUGCAGAUGUACAAUUUACUACCAGAAAAUAGUGGAAACUACAGCUGUCAUUGUGUACUUCGUGAUGGAACAUUGAAUUUACAUCUCAACAUCACUGUGGAAGGGGAUGAAACCACCACCAGUUCGACAAAACCACAUCUCAACAUGGAUCUAACUUCUGCAACUGAGGUUCUUUUACUGGUUUUCUUUAUUAUAACUGGAAUCAUUCUGGGAGUUUGCUAUGGAAGCAUUUUCCACCAAAGAUCACGACUGAGACCCCCAGACUGGCAUAAAGUGAAUUCCACAGUACUCUUCAAGGAAGCAGUCGAUGUUGAGCUGUCCCACCUUACACAGGAAGAGAAGGGGCUUUAUUCUAACGUCAAAAUGUUGUUGUUAAAAUCGAAGUAAUGUGAAUGAAAGAGAUUUGACAAAUUAAGGGAGCCUUUCGCUUCCAUCAGGAUUUAAAAGUACAAAAUCCAAAAGUAAUUGUGCUAAACAUCUUAAAAGUGUAUUUUUAUAAUUUGGUUUUCUGUUUUUAUGUAGAUUUUCCUCACAUUUGUUGCUCUGGAGUUUACUCUGAUUAAAAGAUAUGGAUAUGAUAUUCCUACACAGUUUUUUUUUUUCUUUUAACAUUCUUCCUAUAGCAUGGAAUGGUUAUACAGCUUUGAUGACUAUUUAGUAAAAGAAAGUGUAACUGAUUUGUUUUUUUUCAGGCAUUAUUAUCUGUUCUUGAAGCCACAUUUCACCAAAAAUAUGAUCAAUAUUUGGUCAAAUGUUUCUCAGCAAGUUGCAUGUGGAAUAUACAUUUUUAGCCACUAGUUUCUGAAAUCAAUGCCUGGAUGUUUUCUUGGUAGA